AGAAGUGUGCGCUGCGGGAGAUGACCAACCUCAGCCAGCUUUUCGACUACAUCCAAACGCCGCUGGUCCGCUGCGACACACAGCUGAUGCUGGGAGGCCGUUUGCUAGCCAAGAGUCGCUACACCGACGGCGAGAAAUGGGUUUGUGUGGACAAGAAAUUCAAAGUGAUUCCCUUGAAAUGUCUGGUCUUCUCCUUCGGCAUUGGGGGAGACUGGUCAUUCGAGGACGAAGUCGAUAGGAAGCUGGGCUGCACGGUGUUUGCCUUCGACCCAACCAUCAAAAAGGAGAAUCACAACCGCACCGCCAGAAUCAGCUUCUUCAACCUGGGCAUCGGCGCCCUCACCAACACUGACCCGCAGGCCAAGAAGAAGGUGGACCGCUACGCCAACAUCCUCGCGGGGCUCGGCCACCUCAACAGCAUCAUUGACAUCCUCAAGAUUGAUGUGGAGGGAUCCGAAGUCGCUUUCUUUGGGGAUGUUUUUGGGAAGACUCCCAACCUGCUGAAGAACGUCAAGAUGAUAGCGAUGGAGAUUCACAUGGACCCCAAUCUUAUAGAGCUUAGACGAAGUUACAAAGUCUUCUGGGAAUACUUUCAACUUCUGGACUGUUUCGGCUUCAAGAUUUCGCACAGCGCCGUCAAUCCGUUCUGUGGUCACAAAGUAGUGGACGGGCAGCACCGCUCCAACUGCUACGAGAUAGUGUGGGUCCAGGACCGAGAAUGGUAAAACCAAAGUCUAAUUAUAACAAGUCUGGCCACUUCCCGCGAAAAUCUCGUCGGAUUCACGCAAUGACGUCACGCUGCCUUCAAAGGCUGGGUCCGUUACCUGGGAGUGGGACCGAGUCAGUCUGCAACGAGACGGUGCCGGGCGCACAACUUUCAAUCCCUGGCCUGCAUGACAGGUUCCCCUCUGUAAGUGUCAACAACUGUAAACCUGGCUGAAUUCUUCAGUAUGGGCAUCACUCUAUAACAUUUUGGUGCUAAUUUGGUAAAAAUGUCAAAGUCUCACUGUUACUCUUAUUUAACCUGGC